UUGGCUUAUACUGUUUAUGUUGACUUUUUUCUAACCGUUGACAAAUAGCUAAAAAUAUUUCAUCCGUGUUUAAAUAUAAUAUGUUUAGAAGAAUUUUGAUGUUCUAAUAUGUAAGAUGUUUUCAUAUUUCGAGAUAAUUUUAACUUUAUCAAAAAUUGUAUAACCAAUCAAAUUUAAUAGUUAUAUUUUGUAAUUGGUUUAGUUGUUUUUAAUUUUAUAAUUUUAAUAAUAUAUUUUAAAUAAAAAUAAAUUUUUUUAAUAACCGUGUUUUACUUAAAAGUUACAACGUUUUACAUUUAGGAACGAAGGGAGUAUCAACAUUCUCACUUUCAAUUGAAAACCAAAACAUGUUCAAAUUUCCUCAUGGUGCAAAUGAUGGCAUGGCACAAUUCGUAACCUUAUGUACAAAAAUUAACAGAUAAGUUGGGAAGGCCUUAUCUCAGCUCUCAAGCUAUAGAUGAAGAAGCCUCAAGCUUGAGCCCUAUAGCUAGCUGCUUAUUGUCCUUUCUCGUAAUUUACAGUUUCAUUAUUUUUUCAUUACCUUUUAUUUAUUUGUUUAUUUGUUUAUUUGUUUUUGCCAAAAGAAACUAUGAUCCCUGCCUCCAAUCCUUCACCCUCUUUCUCUCUCUCUUCCCUACACAGAAACAACACUACCAUCGAUAUAUUAUUGUACUAAAAUCGCAAAGUUUUGCUAAACCAAAGGUUUCAUACAGUUCUUCAUCGAUUAUUUCGUUGUUCUACAGAGAAAAGAACCUCGAAAGAAGACGUUAGUUCGUACCGGCGAUGGAUGGAAUGUACGGUUUUCAUCCAACCGACGGUGAUUACUCAGAUAAGGCGGUGCUUAUGAUGUCUCCUGAUAAUCUCAUGUUUCCUUCUGAUUACCAAACCUUGCUUUGCUCCUCCGCUGGAGACAAUCGUGUCUCUGAUGUAUUCGGAUCCGACGAACUACUAUCAGCAGCCGCCUCCGCUUUGUCGUCUGAGGCUGCGUCGAUCGCUCCUGAGAUUCCAAGAAACGAUGAUAAAGUCUCUCUCGGUGUCAUCAAGGGGAAGAUCGCUUGUCAUCCUUUGUAUCCUCGGUUACUCCAGGCUUACAUCGAUUGCCAGAAGGUCGGAGCGCCGCCGGAGAUAGCGUGUCUACUGGAGGAGAUUCAACGGGAGAGCCAUGUGCAUAAGCAAAACGUUGUCCCGUUGUCUUCUUCCUUCGGAGCUGAUCCUGAGCUUGAUGAAUUCAUGGAAACGUAUUGCGAUAUAUUGGUGAAAUACAAGUCGGAUCUCGCAAGGCCGUUUGAUGAGGCUACGACCUUCUUGAACAAAAUCGAGAUGCAGCUUCGGAACCUAUGCACUGGUGUUGAGUCUGACAGAGGACUUUCGGAAGAUGGUGCAGUUUCAUCCGACGAGGAACUGAAUGGAGGCGAUGAGAUAUUACAGGACGGGAAACAAAUAUGCGAAGAUCGUGAUCUCAAGGACAGACUGCUGCGUAAAUUCGGGAGCCGUAUAAGUUCUUUAAAGCUGGAGUUUUCAAAGAAGAAAAAGAAAGGAAAGCUACCAAAAGAAGCAAGACAAGCUCUUCUUGAUUGGUGGAAUGUUCAUUAUAAGUGGCCAUACCCUACUGAAGGGGAUAAGAUAGCUUUAGCUGAUGCAACGGGUUUAGACCAGAAACAGAUCAACAAUUGGUUUAUAAACCAAAGAAAACGUCAUUGGAAACCGUCAGAGAAUAUGCCUUUUGCGAUGAUGGACGACUCUAGUGGAUCAUUCUUUACCGAGGAAUGAAAGUUAUGGUAUUUAACGUUGGAUUAAAAAGAAAGAAAUGGAGGUGUUAUUGACAUGUUUCCUUCGUAAAAAUUCUGCUUUGCUAUGCCGACAAAAGAAAAAAAAAUGGGUACAUGAAUGGUUUAUUUACUCGGUCACAUGUAGGAAAGGACAAAGGGACAAGCCCAUCAAUGCUUUGUAACUAUUAUUAUCGGUGAAUAAAAGGGUUAUAUUUAUAAUCUA